AUUGUUUUCGUUGUGAUUUUGACAAACGUCAUGGUUAACUUGUAAUUUUUGUUUAUGAUUUAUCUUAAAAAUGGAAACAAACAAAACCAAUGGGAAUAAUCUUGAAUCGGAUAUAAAUAACAAAUGCAUUAGUCGUGAAGAAUAUAUAAAUAAACUAUCAAAAUGGCUGGAAGAUGCACGAUUAUGGCACGGCUUUUGUGCUUCAUUCCCUUAUUAUAUGUAUGUACAAAAUCAAAAUCUAAAUGAUGGUAGUGUACCUUUCGCCUGGCCCAACGAUUCUGUCCUUCGAAGAAGAGGCUUUCAACAACCCGAUAAUCAAAAUGUUGGUGUGGAACCUGAAUUUCAACAUGGACCAACUGAAUACAUUAUACCUCCACUAUGGAAACGACUGGUUGCUGAAUCAUUAGACUUUUUCAUUUUAUUAAUUAUUAAACUUACACUUUCCCUCAUAGUACUGGAAACUUUUAAUGUGAUGAAUUUAGAAUACUUUGGAAUAGAUUCUUUCCAAAAGAAUUUAAAAAAUCCCAAGAUCGCCAUGCAAAUCUAUGUGGAAUUAUUAAUAUUAGAAGUGUUUCAUAAGAUAAUUGUCUGCAUAUAUGAGGCAUAUUAUUUGAAAGGAGGUAUGUGCUCAACACCUGGAAAAAGAUAUAUGGGAUUAAUGGUCAUCUAUGUGGAAAACAUAAAUGUAGCUAAUGGGCAGCUGGAUGAACAUAUUGUAAUAGUUUCUCGGAGUGGUCCUUUGGGUUUAAAGUAUUCAAUUCUACGAUCUGUACUUAAAAAUUUGUUUAUUGGUCUGUUGUUACCUGUCUGUUCUUUGUAUAUAUUCAGAUUUAACAGAACUGGAUAUGAUAUGAUGUCUAAUAGUUUAGUUGUUGAAUAUAACCCACAUGUCCAUCGGGCAAGAUAACAAUUUACUGUUUUGCCAAACUCUAUGUGAUAUAUUUAUAAUUUUUUUUUAUUAGGGACCAAAUCAUUUGUUUAUUAUUAAAUGAAUCGAUUUGAUGUAUGGUAAAAUUAUUUUUGUUAUUUAUGAUUUAGGGACCAACUAAUUUGUUUAUAAUUUUUCUUUUGUUUUGUUUAUGUAAUGUAAAAUUCUGUUACAUAGAAGUGUUGUAAAAAUAAAUAUUUUAUUAAAAUUUA